CACUCCGCCAGAGGCGGGGCCAGAAGCCGCCUAGAGGGCGGGGUUGAGGAGUUGGGCUUGGCAACCCGGUCUAGCGCUCACUCCGAGCUCUGCUCGGGUCUCACGCCUAAAGAGCGAGGGCGGGGUGGACGCGGGGCGACCCCCCCACCCCCCAGCGCAGGUUGGGUGGUACGGUGUUGAACAGGGCGGAUUAGGACGUGCCAGGGCAGCCAAUGAGCUCAAGAAUAGCGGCUGGCAGACACUCCUAGGGUGGCUCCUCCGAUCCGAGCUACCCGCCCUUCCAAGCUAAGGGACCCCGUUGGACCACCGACCCUAGGCCGCGCCACGGUACCUAGCAGUGUGCGCCCGCUGGGCGGGUCCAGUCGGGGAGGCGGACCAAGGAGAGCGCUUUCCUCUUCCUGGACUGGAGAAGCUCGGGCACGGAGCGGAGCAGCGGGCAUCAUGAAUAACCCAAUACCUUCUAAUCUGAAAUCAGAAGCAAAGAAGGCUGCCAAAAUAUUAAGAGAAUUCACAGAAAUAACUUCUAGAAAUGGACCUGAUAAGAUCAUUCCUGCCCAUGUGAUUGCAAAAGCAAAAGGCCUCGCAGUUUUGUCUGUGAUUAAAGCCGGGUUCCUGGUCACAGCCCGGGGAGGCAGCGGGAUUGUCCUGGCACGUCUUCCAGAUGGAAAAUGGUCUGCACCUUCAGCCAUUGGGAUAGCCGGGCUUGGUGGAGGAUUUGAAAUAGGAAUAGAGGUAUCAGAUUUGGUGAUAAUUCUGAAUUACGACAGAGCAGUAGAAGCCUUUGCAAAGGGUGGAAACCUGACCCUGGGAGGGAAUUUUACUGUAGCAGUUGGGCCCCUAGGCAGGAACCUGGAAGGCAACGUGUCCCUGAGGAGCUCUGCAGCCGUCUUCACAUACUGCAAGUCCAGGGGCCUCUUUGCUGGUAUCUCCCUAGAAGGAAGCUGUUUGAUUGAAAGGAAAGAAACCAAUCGGAAAUUUUACUGUCAGGACAUUCGAGCUUAUGACAUUUUAUUUGGAGAUGUCCCACAGCCUGCUCAAGCAGAAGAUCUUUAUGAAAUUCUUAAUUCCUUCACUGAAAAGUAUGAAACUGAAGGACAGCGCACCAAUCUGAAGAAAGUAGCACGGGAACAGAGGAAGGCCAAAGAAUUACCUCCAAAACCGUCAUCAAGGCCCCAGCAACCCCGCCCACCUGUGCAGCCGAGUGCUGGCUCCCAGGGUAAUAAAAAUGAAUAUAAGCUAUAUCCUGAGCUUUCUAGCUAUCAUGGGAAAACUGGAAGUUUGAAUCAGCCAAUAGAAGUGACAGCAUUAUACUCUUUUGAAGGACAACAGCCGGGGGACUUGAAUUUUCAAGCAGGAGACAAAAUCAUAGUUAUAUCAAAGACUGACUCAAAUUUUGAUUGGUGGGAAGGAAAACUUCGAGGUCAAACUGGAAUUUUCCCAGCCAACUAUGUAACUAUGAAUUAAAGUUCAUGCUAUUUUCUUAUUUGAUAAUUACACAAAAAUAUUUCUACACAGACAAGAUUCACUAUUUACUUCAAACUGUUUAAACACACCCUUGCUCUGCAAAUGUUUUUAUCCAGUUGUAAAAUAUUUUCUCUGCAUAUAAAUAAAUGGUUAAAUUAACAUACGGCUAA